AUGCCAGUGGAAAAGAAGGGUUUUAUUGGAAGGAAGAGAGAAGGCGAUGUUAACAAUUUGGAAGACGGGUAUAAGGGCAAGAAAGUAGAUUCCCACAAUCCACAACCCGAUUUAACUUGUGAGUACCAUGCGGGUAAUCCCGGGCAUGGGAUUGAAACCUGUUAUGCUUUCAAGAAAAGAUUGCUGGAGCUUAUUAAGAUAGGAUGGGUAUCCUUUGAAGACAAGCCCAAUGUUAAUUCAAACCCGUUGCCUAAGCAUGCUUCAAGUAGUAGUGGAAUAGGCAUGAUAGAAGUUGGAAAUCAAUGCAAGGUGCUGAAGGUGUCUAUGGAAAAGAUGUACUACAUGUUAGUACGAUCAGGAUUUCUAGAGGCAAAUAUGGAAGGCCAUUCGGAGGGAGGUAGUUAUUGUGAGUUCCAUGGAAGAGAUGGACACUAUAUUGAGGAUUGCAUCGAGUUUUGCGAAAAGAUUGCAAAAAUGUUAAAAAUGGGGCAAUUGAGAAUUGAACCCAUGGAGAACAGGGGUGAGGUGAGUAUGAUGGAAGGCCAGAUGGAGAUGACAGGAGUAUGCAGGGUCCAACAAACAGCUAAUGGUCCCCCAAGGCUAAUCUUGGUUAAACCGUCCCACACAAAAGGGAGUCACAAUGCCAUGCCUUAUAAUUAUGGUUAUGCCUCCAACGUUCAAGCUCCUCUUCCUUUGUUCCAGACUGAGAUAAGUGGGUUGACCAGGAGUGGUCGUUGCUUUACUUCCGAGGAGUUGAGGAAGGAAAAGGGUAAAGAAGUGGUAGAUCUUGACAAAGCACUAGAAGUUAAUAAGCCAGUAACAGAAGAGGAGUCGAAUGAAUUCCUGAAGUUGAUCAAGCAUAUGGGAAGGAUCCAUGCAACUAAUUACCUGUACUUCACGGCUGAUGAGCUUGAUGCUGAAGGUACCGGACAUAACAAGCCCUUAUACAUUACGGUUAGGUGUAAGGAUUGCCUCAUAGGAAAAGUACUCAUUGAUAAUGGCUCGGCCCUUAACGUGUUGCCAAAGCACAUGUUGGAAGAAAUGCCGAUCGAUGAAUCCCAUAUAAAGCCAAGUACUAUGAUGGCCAGAGCGUAUGAUGGCUCACCUAGGCCAAUAAUUGGGACUCUAGAAGUGGAGCUAUAUGUGGGACCACAAAUGUUCCUAGUAACACUUCAAGUUAUGGAUAUCCAUCCUUCCUAUAUGCUAAGAAGGCCAAGGAUCUCAGAAGCAGCAAGGAUGGCAAGUCUAUGCUUUUUGAACCGCGGGAUCCCAUUUCAGUAUAACUUUAUUAUCAGGAUACCAGAAGGGGUUAAUCUGGCAAGGAUGAAAAGUGCUGCUCAAAAAUUUGGGUUAGGGUACCAACCUAACCAAAAGGAUUAUCGGUGGGCUGCUGGUCGGAGAAGGGCAAGAAGGAUGGCUAGAAUUAAAGGAAGAGAGCCUGAUGAAGAAAAGCUAGAAAUCCCUCCCCUUAGCGUGUCAUUCCCAAAAGCUGCAUACAUAAUGCAACAUGAUAAAGAAGCCGAAAGCCUUGAUCAAGAGCUGUCAAACAUGAGCAUAAAUACCUUGGGGGAAAACAAGGUGGAAGGAGAUGACAUGAAGACAGUAGCAAGAAAGGGAGACGAAGCACUCCCACAACUGACGGUCUACACCAUAGAAGAAGUCUCCGCCAAGACCUUUGUGCGCAAGCUAGUAGAACAACAGGAACAAACUUGGAAACCUGCUGCAGAGGAACUCGAAACCAUCAAUGUGGGUAGUGAUCAGCUCAAGAAAGAGUUGAAAAUAGGUACCUUAGUUACUUCUGAACAAAGGACAAAAAUGAUCGCCCUGUUACAAGAAUAUGCAGAUGUCUUUGCUUGGUCUUAUGAAGAUAUGCCCGGUUUGGACACAAAUAUUGUAGUACACAAGAUACCAUUGGAAGAAGGUUGUAAACCAGUCAAACAGAAGCUGAGGAGGGCCCACCCGGAUGUCUGGAUCAAGGUCAAGGCAGAACUCGAGAAGCAAUGGGAUGCUGGUUUUCUAGAAGUAGUUAAAUAUCCACAAUGGGUAUCUAACAUUGUUGUGGUGCCUAAGAAGGAGGGGAAGAUUAGAGUAUGCGUGGAUUUUCGGAAUUUGAAUAAAGCUAGCCCCAAGGAUGAUUUUCCUCUACCACACAUAGAUGUUUUGGUGGACAACGCGGCCCGGAGUUCCACAUAUUCCUUUAUGGAUGGUUUUUCAGGAUACAACCAGAUAAAAAUGGCUCCAGAGGAUAAGACGAAAACAACUUUUGUCACACCGUGGGGGACAUUCUGCUAUAAGGUCAUGCCAUUUGGAUUGAAGAAUGCAGGAGCAACCUAUCAAAGAGCAAUGGUGACUUUGUUCCACGACAUGAUGCACAAGGAAAUUGAGGUGUAUGUAGACGACAUGAUUGCCAAGUCUAAAAGAGGAGAGGAUCAUGUUGAAGUUUUGAGGAAGUUGUUUGAGAGAUUGAGGAAGUAUGAAUUAAGGCUCAAUCCUGCAAAAUGUUCAUUUGGAGUUAAAUCAGGUAAGCUGUUAGGAUUUGUGGUAAGUGAUAGAGGUAUAGAGGUGGAUCCAGAUAAAGUAAGGGCCAUCCAAGCUAUGUCAUCCCCUAAGACGGAGAAGGAAGUAAGAGGAUUCUUGGGAAGGAUAAACUACAUUGCUCGGUUCAUAGCUCAGUUAACAACGACGUGUGAACCAAUAUUCCGACUACUAAGGAAAAAGAAUCCUGGAACCUGGAAUGAGGAGUGUGAGGAGGCAUUCAAUAAAAUCAAGCAUUAUUUACAAAAUCCACCUUUACUGGUUCCUCCGGUAUCAGGAAAACCUCUAGUACUAUAUCUAACAGUAACUGAAGCAGCCAUGGGAUGUGUAUUGGGUCAGCAUGAUGAAACCGGAAGGAAGGAAAGAGCUAUUUAUUACUUAAGCAAGAAAUUCACUGAAUGUGAGUCUAGAUACACGGAGAUAGAAAGGCUUUGUUGUGCGUUGGUGUGGGCAGCAAAGAGGUUGCGGCAUUAUAUGUUAUACUAUACCACUUGGUUGAUUUCAAAAGUGGAUCCUCUGAGGUACAUUUGUAACAAGCCAUUUCUCUCAAGUCGAAUUGCAAGGUGGCAAGUGCUAUUAGCAGAAUAUGACAUAGUGUACAUGACAAGGAAAGCCGUAAAAGGAAGUGCAAUCGCGGACCAUCUGGCUGAUAAUGCUGUUGAAGAUUACGAACCUUUGGAUUUUGACUUUCCUGAUGAAGAUAUAUUGUCAAUAGAGAAAGAAGAAGAGAAGACAGAUUGGUGGACGAUGUUUUUUGACGGUGCAGUGAAUGUAUAUGGUAAUGGGGCCGGUGCGGUAAUAAUCUCUCCAGAUAAGAAACAGUAUCCAGUUUCGGUUAAACUACAUUUCGAGUGCACCAACAACACAGCUGAGUAUGAAGCUUGUAUCCUCGGGUUAGAAGCGGCAUUAGAGUUGAAGAUAAAGAAGUUAGAUGUAUAUGGAGAUUCAAUGUUGAUUAUCUGUCAGGUUAAAGGGGAAUGGCAGACUAAGGAGGAAAAGUUAAGGCCGUACCAAGAAUACCUAUCCACGCUAGCAAGGGAAUUUGAAGAAAUUAGAUUCACCCAUCUGGGAAGGGAGGGGAAUCAUUUUGCGGAUGCUUUGGCCACACUAGCUGCUAUGACUACCAUUGAUCUCAAGUGCAAAGUACAACCGGUACACAUUGACAUUAGAAAUGACCCAGCUCAUUGUUGCUUAGUUGAAGGAGAGAUAGACGGACAACCUUGGUAUUAUGAUAUCAAGAACCUUGUGCAAAAUCAGGAAUAUCCGAUGGGAGCUUCCAAAACGGAUAAGAAAACCUUGAGAAGGUUGGCUAUAGACUUCUAUUUAGAUGGAGAGAUUUUGUACAAAAGAUCAUUUGAUGGAACCCUGCUAAGGUGUUUGAAUGAGGCAGAUGCUAGAAAGGCAUUGCGGGAGGUCCAUGAGGGGAUUUGCUCAACCCAUGCUAGCGGACAUAUGAUAGCAAGGAAAAUCCAAAGGGCUGGUUAUUUUUGGAUGACACUAGAGAAGGACUGUAUCGACUAUGUCAGGAAAUGUCAUAAAUGUCAAGUUUACAGUGACAAGGUCAAUAUGCCACCAGCUCCUCUAUUUAAUCUGAUAUCUCCUUGGCCAUUUGCAAUGUGGGGAAUCGACGUGAUCGGACCUGUUAACCCAAAAGCUAGCAACGGUCAUAGAUUCAUCCUUGUGGCUAUUAACUACUUCACCAAAUGGGUGGAAGCUAAUUCGUAUGCCCAUGUAACACAGAAGGUAGUGAAGAGGUUCAUAGAAAAGGAUUUGAUUUGUCGAUAUGGUCCUCCGGAAAAGAUAGUGACAGAUAAUGCACAGAAUUUCAAUGGCAAAAUGAUAGUGGAGCUGUGUACUAAAUGGAAAAUCAAGCAUUCGAAUUCCUCACCAUACCGACCAAAAAUGAAUGGCGCAGUAGAAGCCGCCAACAAGAACAUCAAGAAGAUUAUUCAGAAAAUGGUAGUCACAUACAGAGAUUGGCAUGCGAUGUUGUCAUUCGCUCUUCACGCAUACCGCACUACAGUUAGGACCUCGACGGGAACAACUCCAUAUUCUUUGGUGUACGGUAUGGAAGCAGUGAUGCCUUUGGAAGUAGAAAUCCCGUCGUUAAGAGUAUUGAUGGACUCCGAAUUAGAAGAGGCCGAGUGGGCCAAAGUGAGAUAUGAGCAACUGAACUUGAUCAGUGAAAAGAGGAUGGCUGCAACAUGUCAUCACCAACUGUACCAGAAACGAAUGGCCAAGGCAUAUGAUAAGAAGGUUAGACCGCGGUUGUUUCAAGAAGGGGAUCUAGUAUUGAAGAAAAUAUUGUCACUACCUGGAGACGAUCAAAGCAAAUGGGCACCGAAUUACGAAGGUCCUUACAUAGUAAAGAAGGCAUUCUCAGGAGGAGCACUGAAGUUGGCUAGAAUGGAUGGAGAAGACCUAGCUCGACCUGUGAAUUCUGACUCUGUAAAAAGAUAUUAUGCUUGAUGUAGGCUCCUAAAUCAAUAAAGCAAAG